GUAGAAAAUAAGUUGUGCAGCGUAGCAGCGAGCAGCUCACAUCCAGGAGACGCUCAGGGGUAAUCAAACAGAACAGAAUCUUCCUAUCAUUUCCUCCUCAUCCAGCUGGGUCAUCUCCCAUCAUGCCUCAGGUGUCGUUUGCCCAUCCCUCGCUCUGUCUUAACUUCCUCCCUCUGCUGCACCGUCUCCUCCCAUCCAACCCCCCUACCGUCCGAGACGUGGAUGUUCCCCCUCUGUUUCGGGAGCGCUUCAUCCUGACGGGGUACCGUCCCACGGGCAUGUCGUGGCGGUGUUACGCCCUCAGCCUGUUCCAGAUCCACAAUGAGACGCUGAAUGUGUGGAGCCACCUGCUGGCUGCCGCCUUCGUGGUGCUCAGGUUCAUGGUGUUCGCCAUCAUGCGAGGAGGGGGAAUCCUGGGUUUCCGACUGCAGGGUCCUGAAGGUGAAGGUUUUUCUGUGGAUGCCUCCUCUCUACCUCUGGUCCUCUAUGUUCUUUCUGCAGUCACAUACCUCAGCUGCAGUGCUGCCGCUCACCUGCUGCAGUCCCACUCAGAGCAGGCGCAUUACUCACUAUUCUUCCUGGACUAUGUGGGUGUGGCCGUCUAUCAGUAUGGCUGUGCUCUGGCUCUCUGCCUGUACAGCUCCAACACUGCCUGGAGACAAAGCAUGCUGGGACAGGUCUUCCUCCCAGCAGCUGCCCUCCUUGCGUGGCUCUCGUGCACCGCCUGCUGCUAUGCAAAACUUCGUUUCCGCCGUCCAUACCCCCUUCACAGGAAGCUCUGCCAGCUGAUCCCAAUGGGUGUGGCCUACCUAGUGGUCAUCAGCCCUGUUGCCCACCGUCUUGCCACCCACAGCUGGACAGGCAGCCCUGCACUACCAUUGCACUUCUUGCAGGUGGUGCUGUUUAUGCUAUCCGCCUUCUUCUUCUCUUGCCCCGUUCCUGAGCGCUUCUCCCCCGGCCGCUUUGACAUCGUCGGCCACGGACACCAGCUCUUCCACAUCUUGCUGUCACUCUGCACACUGGCCCAGCAGGAAGCGCUGUUCCACGACUUCCUAUGGCGGCGGCCGGCGAUGGUCAGAGAGUUUGGAGAGGAGCGCCUCCUGCUGGCUUGCGCCUCCUUUCCCUGCCUGACGUUGUGUUGCGCCUUGACAGCCCUCGCCAUGAGGAGGCAGGCUCAUGCACAGCUGAUGAAAGAGCAACGAUAGAAGAGGAAAAAGUUUGUGUACAGGAAGUCUCUUCUUCUUCUGAGGGACUGACUCUGCAGUGGAAGCAUUUCUUUACUUUUGUUGGUUUGGGUUGUUUGUUAGCAUCAGAUGAUAGUGAUGCAGACCAUCAUAUUCCUGCACCGAACUUCUGGUUCUUCUGGUUUCUCUUUUUUACAUUUUACUAAACAACGACUAAAAUCAAGUGACCAUUUAACAUUAUGGGACCAGUUUUUAAUUUCUGUUUGCAAU